GCCGAGCAAGCAAGAGUUAUCACCGGCAUGGCGUACACAACUACUGGCGGAAAGAAAAGAGUUUGCUAUUAUUACGAUGGUAAGAUACGAAUCUGCUGCCAACGUCCACUUUGUCUCGAGGAAAUGUAUUCAAGAUGAGUUGUAUGAAAUGUUUCCCCUAUUUUUAAGCGGAAAUCAUUGAAUUUUGUCUUCGUGUCCUAAUGUCUUUUUCGUGUUCCGAACAAAGGUGACAUUGGUAACUACUACUACGGUCAAGGCCAUCCCAUGAAGCCACAUCGUAUUCGAAUGACCCACAACUUGCUUCUUAACUAUGGCCUGUAUAGGAAAAUGGAGAUCUAUGUAAGUGUAAAAGCUAGACUUAGAGUUUGCGAGAACGUUGAUUUAAAAACUGUCAGUUCUUUCAUUUGAAUGAAAUGUCAUUUCACCAAUUCACGUUUCUUCAUUUUAGCGUCCACACAAAGCAAACCUGGACGAGAUGACUAAAUACCAUUCAGAUGAUUACAUAAAAUUCUUAAAGACUAUAAGACCCGACAACAUGUCCGAAUACACAAAGCAAAUGCAGAGAUGUGAGUGGCUAGAAAAUUAUUGAAUGAACACACAUGUGCUUUCAUUUCCCUUUGCAUUCUUUCAACUUUCCCGUGUUCAGUAGUUCGUAAGUUGUUUUUGUCGAUGUGUUUACAAAGUUCUUUAUUAUAAUACAGUUUUCUACAUCAUCGAUACAGUCCUAGGUAAACUGGAUAUUCAAAAUUAUGAAUUAUAUUUCAGUGGUUUGGGAUUUACGCUUUAACUGAAAGUUUUUUGUGUUACUAAAUUGUGAAUUAUAAUAGAUUUACAGAAUUUCUUGAUUUGUAACGCCUAUCAAUUAUUAUGUACUGCUAGAUGGAAUUUUAUUUAACUUUUUAAACCAUUCUCCUCUAAUUAUCAGUGAGUAGCUUGGUGUGUUGUAAACAAUAUUGGUAAAUUAUGAUUUGUUUCUAAAACUUAUGGAUUUUGAAAAUAAUUCACUCCAGGCUUAGAGUAAUCACAGUGUCAAUGAUAGAAGACACCUUUUGUGCCAUUAUGUGUCAUUUUAUUUUGUAUAAGAAUUUUUGUUGUUCAUGGUCUCUAUCAUUAUAUUCUGCUGGCAUUGGUUAAUUUGUUACAAAUCUUUGAUUUAAACUCUCUAGAUCAUAGUCCACCAUUAAUUUUUUCCUAGAAGCAAAAUGGCUAUUGAUCUUUGUACAUAAGGUAAUUAAGCUAAAUUAGGAAAUAAAAAUAACUUAUUUGUAUGGACUGUUUUCUUUAUGUAUCAGUCAAUGUUGGUGAGGACUGCCCUGUCUUUGAUGGUUUGUUUGAGUUCUGUCAGCUUUCAACAGGCGGAUCAAUUGGUAUGUGAGACAUAAAGUUGUUCACUACAAAAUUAUCCUACUCUAUUUUUAUUUUAAUCCACUAGAAUCUUGAGUUGUAAAGUGACUGUGAUAAAUUUUAUUAUUUUUUGGGAUAUUUUUUCAGCUGGAGCAGUGAAGCUAAAUAAACAACAGACAGACGUGGCUAUAAACUGGGCUGGUGGCCUGCAUCAUGCAAAGAAAUCUGAAGCAUCAGGGUUUUGUUAUGUCAAUGAUAUUGUUCUGGCCAUUUUAGAGCUUCUGAAGUGAGUGUUGUUUUAUUUAGUGUUAUUAUCUGGGUUUCCACAGAAGAAGGAAGUGUUUAAAAGUAUGAAAAUUCCAAAUUUGUUUACCAGGAAAAACUGUUGUUGACAGUAAGGAGUAAACUGGAAGAAGUCCAAAAACAAUUAUUUUGUUAAUGUCCAGAGGGGCUCUAUUUUUGAAUGAAGUGUUUGCUAGCCAGUCACAUUUCUUGUCUAGUGUUUUUUCUGAGUUUAAAAAAUAUCGAGAACGCUCUUCAAGCUAAACUAUGGAAUUGCUGCAAGUAUUAGUUAUAACUUGGUUAAAAUUUGAGCCUGAAAAACAAAUAUAAUGAACACUCUUCAUCGGUUUUUACUUAGAAACAUCUUCAGCUGCAGAGGCAAGCAAACUCUGUUGUAAUAUCUUAUAUCCCAUUAACAAAAACCCAUAGUUAGCAGAAAUGAUUGGUUAUUAAAGCCAAUCAGAUUUGAAAUCAACUGUGGGGCAAAAUAUGUUGGGAGUUCCUUGACUGUCUAGUCUUUUUUUAUUACAUUCACCUACUGUGAGUGAGUAGAUGAACCAGAAGUGUCAUUGCUCAUUUAUUUCAACAUAGUAAAGACACUAUUGAACAUUGCAUGGUCAGAUCCAAGAAAUGUGAAAGACUCUUUUGGGCUUUAUAACCAUUGCACUUUUUUAAUUGUAAUUAAAUCUCUUAUUGUGCCAGGUACCACCAGCGUGUAUUAUACAUUGAUAUUGACAUUCACCAUGGUGAUGGAGUAGAAGAGGCAUUCUAUACCACCGAUCGUGUCAUGACAGUGUCGUUUCACAAAUAUGGAGAAUAUUUCCCUGGAACUGGUGAUUUGAGGGUGAGUAGUCAAUGUUAUAAUGCAUUGUUACCUAUAAGAUUUCUUCAAAAUGUUUUUGGCAGCUCUCUUCACAGCAUAACAGUAGAAUUCAAUGCUUAAUCUGCAAAGGAAGCAUGUGAGAUGAUGAGGAGUGUAACUAGCUGCUUACCUUUAUUUAAUUAAAGUUAAAACUGCUUGGAGGGUCCAUUCUUACUAAUUGUUUCUUUUCAUUUAUUCACAGGAUAUUGGAGCAGGAAAAGGGAAAUAUUAUGCUGUGAAUUUUCCUCUUAGAGAUGGAAUUGAUGAUGAGUCUUAUGAACAAAUUUUCAAUCCUGUAAGUUUCAAUCAAUGGUUUGUUUUGCUAAUUUUCCAUUUUUUUUCUUUCAACUUGCUUUUGUAGCAAGUGAUGAUUGCAACUAUUUUAUCCAAUUUCACUCAUCAGGUUGUCUCAAAGGUAAUGGAAGUAUACAAACCAAAUGCUGUUGUGCUUCAGUGUGGAGCAGACUCUUUGGCCGGAGACAGACUUGGCUGCUUCAAUCUGUCACUCAAAGGUAGUGUCAGUGUUGGUAUUUUGACAAAGAUUCCAACUUACACUGUUAUUGUUACAUUGGACUUACUACAAAUCAGCAAGCUACUCUUGGUGGGCCAGUCAAAGAUGAUUCACAAUAACAUUUUAGUUUCUGCUGUCAACUGAUUGUAUACAAAGAGUGUAAAUUGCUAUCUUUGGAUUAAUUUAAUCUCUGCAUCAAGAUUUACUCAUCUGAUUUACCAUGAUUUCUCUAUAGGCCAUGCUCAGUGUGUGAAUUUUGUGAAGAAGUUCAAUCUUCCAUUGUUGGUUCUUGGAGGAGGGGGAUACACAAUCAGGAAUGUUGCAAGAUGCUGGACAUUUGAGACAGCAGUAGCUUUAGAUUCUGAUAUUGCAAAUGGUAGGCAUAACUCUAACUAGAAAUCUUGAUUUUGUUGGUUUACAUUUUAACCAAGAAAAUUUCCCACAAAUGAAAAAAUGAAAUUAUUCAAAACACCUAAAAUGAAGAAUCCAGAUUUGUUAACAUUGUAUGUUAACUAAUUGUCUACAUAUUGUCUCUUUCAACUUAGUUGUAUUUGUAGACAGUCAGAAGAACAGUCAGUAUUCUUCUCUUCUGUGCUGUUGUUAGUCUAGUGUAGGAUUCAGGGAAGACUUUCAAGUCUCAUUGUUGAUGGAAUUCCUGGAUAAUUUGGCCUUGCACUUUCUUCAGCUGUGUGUUCAUUGUAAAUAGCCUCCAAAGUUUAACAUUUAGUUCAAAAUUUCUGCUCCUUCCAAAUCUUCUUCUUUCUUUAUUUCUAGAACUUCCCUACAAUGAUUACUUUGAGUACUUUGGUCCAGACUUCAAACUCCACAUUAGUCCAUCCAAUAUGGCCAACCAAAACACAAAUGAUUACCUGGAAAAAAUCAAGUAAGAAUUAAGACUAGUUUUUCUCUUUAAGAUUAUUUUUCCAAAAAAGCACAAGGCAUAUGCCAUAGACUUCCUUAAUUAUGUUGUUUGUUUAGUGCUAUGCAGUUCCUUGUUAUGUGUGUUAUAGUCCAGGUUGUUGCCAUGCAAACAGAGAACAUGUUCAGAUCCUACCUGUAUUGAAAAUGUUGAUAGCUAUACAAAUCUUGCUAAUCUUGUACUUUUUUGUGUGUGUAGACAGAGAUUGUUUGAAAACUUGAGAAUGCUUCCCCAUGCUCCAGGAGUACAGAUGCACCGUAAGUGAAAAUUGCACCCUGAUAAAUCUUGCUUGUCCACCAGUGGGGUUUUUAAUCUCUUGUCAUGUUAAUCUGAAGUUUCUGAAAACAUAAGUUGAUCUUCUUGGGACUAGUUUUACAGACGACUCCUUUGAAGAGGGGCUGUUCAGAAAAAAUGAACGAUUAGACUUAGUAGAGCUUAAAGUGCUAGUAGUUUGUAAACCUGAUAAAAAAAUCCCUAAUGUGUGAUCAAUUUCAUUACUUAAAUGCAAUUAAUAAGUUCUUCUUUUGUAGGGAGAUUUACCCUAAAUGGCACUUGAGGAGACUUUUUUCUUUUUCUUCUGUAUCAAUUAACUGUAGUUUAUUCAACAAAACCAUGUUCACUUCUCAAAGAGGAAGUACCUAGUAUGUAAUGAGGUGUAACAAUCCAUAACUUGUUAUAUUGUUUUUUCAGCCAUUCCUGAUGAUGCACCAGUUCUGGAGGAAAGUGACAAUGAAGAGGACAUGGAACCUGACAGAAGAAUAAGUAGUGAGUAUUUCUUCCUUUCUCCCUGUCAUUUUCUCAGGGAAACAAUUAAAAGCAUGAGCUUGAGGUUUCACUGUAGUUCGCAAUGUUUACUUACAGCUUUAACCUUUUGACCCCAAGGAGUUACUAUAUAAUUUUAAUGCAGAUGAGUGAUGAGAAUGAAGAAAAAUAUCAAUAAUGUUAUUAUUAGUUGAUCCAAUAGCAAAUUCUCCAAACUUACAUCAUAAGAAUUGUAGGGCAGAGAGUAAGGGGAACUAGUAAUGAGAUCUUGGGAGUGAAAGGGUUAAACACUGAGGGGCAUGUUAAGUUAUAUGUUCUGAAACUAGCUGUUUUUUUACUUUUUUUUUCCUUACAGUCCGUGCAUCAGAUAAACAUGUUGCACCUCAGGAAGAAUUGUCAGAUUCAGAAGAUGAAGGAGACAGCAGAAGAGACAUACAGGCACCAAAGGAGCCAAAACGAUCCCGCAAGAGACCCAAAGUAUCCAGUACACCAGUGGAAAAAAUGGUCACAAAUGGUGUUGAAAAUACUGUCAAUGAUGACUCAAAACCAUCAGUCGUGUCAAAUGAGAACACACCCUCUUCAAAACCCAGCACCUCCCCUGUGGAGGAGAAAGAGAAACCCAAGAGCUCAACAAGCACUCCCAAGGAGGGGUCCCCUCAGACAGUUGCUAGUGUUACAUCUGAGAUGUCAACUGAGCCACCUCCUGAACAAGAAGCCAGUAGAAAAAGGUACACUUUUUUCCUUUUAUUUCUUAAUCAAGUUAGAAAUUUUCUGUAAAGCAGGUGAAACAGAGAACUACUCAUCAGAUCUUAAAUCAGACAUGGUUUGAUGCUACUCUGUUUUAAAGAUUUAAUGAAUGUAACUGAGAAGCUACAAUUCUUAGACCCAACAUUUUGACACUCUUGUCUAGUGCCUUCAUCAAGGGUGAUCUAAUUGCUGCACCAAGAGGUCCUUUUAUAUGCUCACUAAUGAGCUACCCUUUUUUCUGACAAGGUGUAAAUAAGCCUCAGGAAGUAAGCUACCAUCAUCAUGCUUUAAAGGAGGUAGUGGUGUGGAUAUGCCAGCCUUCCAAACAAAGGCAAAAGGGCAGGUAAUUAGUGAGCAUAUAAAAGGACCUCUUCUUGCAGUGACUAGAUCACCACUGAUGAGGGUGCUAGACAGGAGUGUUGAAACAUUGGGUCUAUGAAUUGUAACUUCUUGGUUACAUUCAUUAAAUCUUUAACCAGCAUAGCAUGAAACCAUGUCUGAUUGUCCACCUGGUUGCCUUGUGAACUUUAACAUAUCUUGAGAUCUUAAUUGUUUAUGGUGUGAGGUGAACAAUGAAGUGUUGGUAAGAAUUAAUAUCAGGUGGAGUUUUGUCAUGCACUCUACUCAUUUUGACACUCAAGGUACAUUUACUUUCCUGAUUUUUUUUUUUUGGGUACUGAUAUGCAGUCCUGAAGCUGCUGAAAGUGCUACUACUGGGAAAGAGGAUACAGAAGAAGCUAUGGAAGUACAGGAGUCUGACGCCCCUCCAAAUACUGAUGGGUAUGUAUUGAUCACCUCAGAAAUUCUUCGUAGAUUAUAUUGAAUGGGGUUUGUGAUUAUUUUGGAGAAUUGAGAUGUAAUUCCGAGGAAGGGGGUGCCUUAUUUAUUUGACCAGCUGUGAGUUGUGUGUAACAAGCAGUGUAACAACAUGUCAACAGCUGGAUUUUCUGCUGGGGCUACCUUGGUAAUUGCUUUUCACUAUGCAUAGGGUACUUUAAUGUUUUAAAUUUUGCCAUAUGUUUAGUUGGUGAUGUGAAUUUUUUUUUUUUUUUUUCUGAUUUACUUUUACUCUUUUGGCAACUGUUUUGAUAACCUGCAAUACUUUAAUGAAAUUGAUAAUCUUGAUGCAACAUGUGCCCCCUAAAAGACAUUUUUCUUGCUUCCUUUCUCUUCAUUGUCGUCUUUGUUUGUUUCUAGUUUUUAUUAUUAUUUUUGGCUGCAACUUGGUUUACAUAAUUAAAACUUAACAAUCUUUGAAAUUUGCAAAACUACAUCAGACUCUAAUGGUGUACCUUAACGGGUUUUUCUGUAGAGAUACUUUGUCCAAUGCAGAAAACAAUGGAGCAACCAGUACAGGUUUGUUGUUGGUUACUUUAUUUAUACGAUUAUCUGUUUCAUCAGAACCCUGCUAUGACUUACACCAUAUACAACAAGUGAACAACCUGUUUUCACAAUCAUUAAUUUUCAAUUUGGUUUUAUGGAAUAUUGUACAAACCCUGAGACCAACACGCUGUGGAGUUCCUUGGUUAUUCGAGUUUUCAUUAUGAGGCAGAACUUCAGUGGCCUGGGAAAAUGGUUUAUCUUGUAUGUUAAAUGUAUCUUCAUUACCGUGAGGAAGGUUUUAAUGUAAAAUGGGGGUAAGCCUCCAAAGAAAUUGGUGCUGCGUUGGUGGGGGUAUUACAAGAUAUUUUGGUUUUAUCAACCGAGUCGUAAAUUGGCCACCGUUGAGAGGUUCUGAAGCAGACGUUUCGAGCGUGAGCCCUUCUUUACAGUGAAGCAGCUCGUGUAGUUCCUCCAUGAGUGCAUUCAGUUAUGGAGCGGCAAGAUAUGAUAGUAACUGUGAGAAAAUGAGCCGAGGAGACUCACGUGCCACUUGUUAUUCCUUCUGACGUUGCCUUAUGCCAAUAAUCUGCUGUAUUAGUUGAUUGUACUCGUAAUUAGAUCUGAAAAACGUGACUACUCCUAACAGCCUUUUGUGGCGUGACCUCUUGAAGAAACGUGACUUUGUUCCAAUCGCGAGUUUAUCAAGGAGAUUAACAAGUCACGAUAGCACAUGUUUAUGACGGCUGAAAGUUGUAAUCACGUGUAUGUUUUCAAGCAAAUGCUUCCACUUAGAAAUCUGAGAACCAAAACAAACAAAACCAACGUGAAUGACUCGCAUCGAUCCACUGCAACUGACUCUUUUCCAAUUUUUGGCUUGUUUUUGCAUAGCAAAAAGCAACUCACCCCAGCCGGUCGAAGAGGAGGAGAAAGAAAAGGCUCCUCCAGCUGAAGAAAGCGGGGACGCCUCAAAAGAUGAAGAGACCAAGAUGGAACACUGA